GCUGUGAGUCUAUUGGCUGAGGUGUGAGCGGGGCGGAGGCGCUGCGCUGCAGUCUGCGCUCUGCGGGCGGCGCUCUUCGGCGGCGGGGAGGGCCGAUCUGCUGGCCUGAGCGGGCGACGCAAGGCUUCUUCGCGAACUGUCACAGACAGACGGAGGACGAACAAUGGACCUGAGUCUGAGUGAUGCUUUGAACAGCAAGCUGCCCCCACAGUCAGAAAGCCUGGUGCAGAAAGAUUUCAUCGCUACUCUGGAGGCUCAGAGCUUCGAAGACAAGGUCAGAGAGACUGUGGGCAAGACCGAAUACUCCCCCCUACGAGACAUGGAUGGGAAAGGAGACGAGUUCCCUCAGACCGGGAUGCUGGUGAAUAUGGAUGUAGGAGUAGCCCCACAUCAAGUGGCAAAGCCACCCGGCGUGCCCCAGCCUCAGACGACCACACUGCCACUGUCCCCCAAGCCCCUGAUGCAGCCCCAGAGCAUGCAGGACGCCCCUGGAGGACCCAUAGGAGCAUCGCUGGAUGGUGUGGGUCAGCCGACAGCCGACCUGUCCCUCAGCCCCUCAACAGAGAGUUCCCCGGGAUCCUACCAAGAGAACGUCCUGACCAGAGAGGACAGGGAGGGUGACAGGAAACAGCAGAGGAAGAAGAAGAAGAGGAGAACCAAGGAGGAGAUAUGUGAUGUUGGGGAGGAUUGGGGUCCGGAACAGUGGAACCAGGGAGAAGACACCUUUCCAUUUGAUAGCCCAGACCAGUCCCCACUGAGGGGAGCAGGGUGGCAGUGUGAGGAGGGGGGUAGAGGUGGAGUCAGGGUUAAGAAGGGCAAAGUCAGAAAGAAGAUUCCAGAUGUGUGGGAUAUUUUUCCGGAGUCUUCUUUACCCUCUGCAGCCACUGUUCCCAAGAUAGAUCCUGCAGGGCUCACCUUGAACUCCAGUCUUCAGACCAUGGAGAGCCCCAGCCAUGUCGCCAUGGAAACCCUGGACACUGUUCUGCUGAACGCAGAGGAGGAGCUGUCAUCUGAUACUCCCCCUUCUCCUACCAAGGAUCUGCCAAACCUCUCACCUGGUUCCCACUCAGCAAAUAAGGCUGCUUCAUCACCGAAACAGACCACCAAUCAGGACAGUGUCUUCCCUGAAUCCCUUCUCAUAAAUGCAGGUGAGCCCAGUCAGUUGAGGCACCAAGAUGACGACACGUUCCUUCUGCUCCCUGGUGUUAGCACUGACGCUAUAGCUCAGCCAGUUAAGCAGGAUUGCCAUCCCAUCCCUACAAGUCCUCAGCCUGAGAGUGCAGUGAAUGCCAUUACAGCUGCCGCAGAGAACACCUCCAGUGUCAGCACUGUGAAACCCCCUCCCUCAGAUGGCCCCGCUUUGAUCUCAAUGCCAUCUCACCCUGCUGUGUCCCCAGUGUCUAGUCCUGUGCCCCCCCAGGCUCUGCCUGUCAUGGAGGAAACAGCCCCCAUGUCCUCAAAAGUGCUCACUGCAGGUGUCACUGUAGAUCCUAACAAUGCACUGGCCUUAUCUUGUGAGGUUGCUUUAGCUCCUGAAGACGAUCCCUUCAAGUUACCACAUCACCAGGAGCCUCCUCCCCCUAGUGUCCCAAGCCCUAUGAGCCCUGCCCAGUCCACUCCCUCUCCUAAGAAGUCAUCUAGAAAGAAGAGUUCCACCUCCCCGAAAUCCCCAGGUCCAACCAUCCCAGUCCCUACCCCUGCAUCCCCAGUCACUCCAAGUGUUACCUCCACCUCCCGGAGCCCCCCACUGGUCACUGCGGCUUCCACACCUGCCCCUGCCACACCUGUAGUGAGCUCAGGCCUGAACCCCUCAGCCCCGCCGUUUUUCCCUAAUUCUGUGGAGUAUCAUCAGUCCCACCUGCAGGACUGUGACCAGAAGCAGGGCCAGGCCGGACCCUUUGUACUGGAAGUGAAGUCCCAGAAGACGGAUGAAUCGGAGAGGACCGAGAAGACAGACAACUCCCUGAAUGUCAAGAACGUUGACUUGGGUGAGAUGACAGACAAACCAGAGGAAGUCGAGAAGAUGGAGACAUCAGAAAGCGACGUUAACGGGAAGAGCGAUAAUGUGGAAAAUCGGGAAACAAUGGACCAGACAGUGAAGGCUGAUAAGAUGAGCGAUGAGGACAAGAAGGUGGAUAAAACUGACAAGAUAGAUACUGACCAGGAGAAGACACAAAAGACUGAAAAGGUAGAAAAAGGCAAGGAUAAGAUACACAAGGUGGAAAAGACCGCAAAAGACAAGAAGAUAGAUAAGGUGCAAAAGGUGGAGAAAGACAAGAAUACAAAAAAGGUGGAAAAGAUUGACUGUAUCGAUAAAAAAGACAAGCAAGAAAAGACAAAUAAAGUUGGGAAGGUCAAGGCGAGAGCUCAAGAAAAUGGCGAGAAGGUUGGUAAAGUAGAGAAAUUAGAGAGAACUGACAAAGCACCUAAGAAGACUAUGGCUAACCGGAGCAGUGCACCUCCAAACAAAGGUCUAAUUGCUGCAGACAGGAAGACAAAGCCAGCUGCUGGGCCAACCAAACCAAGUUCUGUAAAAACACGACCAAACCCGUUACCAGCGGGGGACAGUGCCCCUGACGGCCCCACCCCUGUCCCCACGUCCUCCGGCACUGUUAGCAAAAAAAGCCCCGUUCGCAAGGUGUCUGAGCCCACAGCUAGCACCAAGCGGCCCCCGCCUACUGCCAGCCGUACCCCAUCCAUCACACAGUCCCGAGAGCCCAAGCCCAAGUCGACUGAGGCCCGGCGCCCCCCCGUACCGAAGGCUAACGCGGCCUUGCCCACCCGCACCGCCACCCCGAAGAUCAGCUCCGCCACUCUGGCUGCCCCCAAGCCAGCGACACGGACCUCCAGUGGCGUCUCCUCACUGAAACGCACGGCAGUCACCAAGACUGAGAGCAAAGCCGAAGAAGUCAAGAAGCCCAGUACACUGAGGACAGCAACCGACUCCAGUCGGAAUGGACCUGGUUCCACCCGAAAGUCGCCCACCACCCCCAGCACCCCCACGGCCAGCGCCCACAGCACAAAGCCCCCCACACCUACUGCUACUCUGCCAGAAAGAAAGCCCCCAGUUCCACGUGCCCCCCGAUCCAGCACCAACCCCCGCCCAAGCACGGCCCCCACACCAGACAUCAAGAACGUCCGCUCCAAGAUCGGCUCCACGGACAACAUGAAGCACCAGCCUGGGGGGGGCAAGGUCUCUACAUCACAGGGUACAACUGACACCCUGGCUAAGGGCCCCCUCUCCAAAGAGACCAGCCAGGGCAAAGUUCAGAUAGUAACCAAAAAACUGGACUUCAGCCACAUCACGUCACGCUGUGGCUCCAAGGACAAUAUCAAGCAUGUGCCAGGUGGAGGCAACAUCCAGAUACUGAACAAGAAGGUUGACUUGAGCAAAGUGACAUCAAAAUGUGGCUCCAAGGCUAAUAUGAAGCACAAACCAGGGGGAGGAGAUGUGAAGAUUGAGUCCCAUAAGAUCAGCGUCAAGGCUCAGUCCAAAGUGGGGUCUAUGGAUAACAUGAACCAUAAUCCCGGUGGCGGCAAUUUCAAGAUUGAGUCUCACAAGCUGAACUUCCGUGAGAACGCCCGGGCUCGCACGGACCACGGCGCUGACAUCAUCAUCCGAACGCACCCACCGCGCAGCAUCUCUCUCACUGACUCCCUGGGGUCCGCCAGCAUGCUCCGCUCCCCCCCGACCCCCUCCUUCAUGUCCAUGAUAGAGCAGGGGGGCGACGGUGUGCUGCCGGGACUAGCAACAUGAUUUUAGCUCUCUCCCCACCUCUCACCCCUCAUCUCUCGCUUUCUUCUUUUCUUCCUCAGCUCUCCCUAUCCCCUCAUCUCCCCAGUCACCGUCGUACACAGUGCAGGUAGCGCUUUCAGCUUCCCAGCUUCCUUUGCCUCAUGGGGACCUGCUUCACAUACAGAUUCAGUGCAACUCAUUAUCACAAAUCACCCCCGCCCCCCAGCCACGCCCUUCUGCCCCUACACAGGAGCUAUAGUGAGAUGCUCCCCCCCCCGUUCCCAGCAGCAGUGCCGUCAUUGUUAAAGUGCGGCUGCCACCAACAUCGUCAUUCAUACAGUGUGACACCUCAGUCUUGAUAAGUCAAUGUCCCGUUGUAAUUCCAAUGAUGGCCACCAGGAGGCAGCCUCACCCUGUGUGUACCCCGUGGCAGGCAGCUUUUAGAGUGCACUAUGAAAGCAAUCCAAAAAAAAAGCAAGUCUUGUCAAGAGCCUGUAGGACUAUUGUAUGUAGCUAAUGACUGCAGACAGCCUGCCCUUCCCUCUUCAUUCUCCCUUAGACCCUACACCACACCUUCUCACUCCCAAACUUCAGAAUGCAUACAAGUAUUAGAAACACGUAGGCUGUCCAAACAGUAGUCUAUUUAAAUCUUGUUAAAAAUUCUGUGUUGUGUUUGCGUAACUGUGUAUUUCGUUUGUGCCUUUUUUGCCCCCGGUUCUUCAUUCUUGUCUUUAUCGUUGUAUUCUCUUUAAGCAAUACGGUGGUCUUUGCUGAUACGAUACAAGAAUGUGCACAGACACGAGUACAUGUCACCUUUAUGGUCUGAGCGAUACGGAUGGCCUGGGGUGGAGCAGGGAGACCAGGUGGGGCGAUUAGGAAGCUGUCCAGAGGGAACGAGGUGGGUGGGGCUGGGGAAGGUGGAUUUAUGGACAGAAUGACAUGCAGUACAUUUAUGUACACUUAUUCCUUUUGGUUGCUUAGCGAUUUCUGCAGUUGGCAGUAGAAGAAAGGGGAAAUUUUACAUUAGUGAUUCCGCCAUGAGGAGGACGUGAGUUAGGGAAAUUGGGGGGGGGAUAUGCACCUUUUGUAUAACUAAAGCCGUGGGGGGGAGAGGGUCUCUCGAGUCUGAAAAUAGAUAACACACAAAUUGAAUGGCAACAGUAAAAAGAUACAUUUAAUCCUGAUGUAUGUGUAACUCUUGUGUGCUUUAAUACUGAACAGAUUUGAAUAUCUUUUAUGGAUUUUAACAGUUUUUUGUCUUGUAGCUUGUACUUAUCACUUAUAAAAUGAGUCAACUAUACAGUUUUUAUGAUCGUAGGAUUGGUGUGGCAAUGAUGUAGCUAAGCAAUGCUAGCACUACCAGUGACUUCGACCUGUAAGGUGGUCAAAGGUAACGGAAUGGCGGCCCUAGAACAAAGUUAUAUGGUUUGUGAAAAGGAGAUUGUUUAAAAAACAAGAAAGGAUUUGUAACGUUAUUUAAGUCUCUGGGGACUUCAGCGGGUGAAUGUGGAGAAGGUUCUCGUCCUUUAAAUGAGUUUUAGCAGCAGCCUGCUUCUAUAAAUGCAGCUGUACUUUCUGGUGCAGCAGGAAGCCUGUUGUAUAAGUAGAGGCAGAGUCCUGUGCUGCCUUUUUAAUAAUGACUGUGAGCAAGCAAUGGCGCUUUGGGUCAGCCAGCACUGAUUGUAUGCUGUGUCUGAGAACUCUCACAUCCAAAGUGUAGUACGUACACACAUUCACAGUGUCACUCUAAUAAUAUCUAGGGGUAUAGUUUGCUUAUAACUCUUUAGACUUUUAGCCAGAGGGAGACGGAGAGAGCAAUGCAGAGGGAUGUGAGGAAUGCUACUUUGUGAAUAAAGAUGUGGUAGACCGUGGGUGUUUAUCAAUAGCAAGAAUGCAAAGAUCGUACUUGUGGUCUUGGCAAGAGCCGCCUUGAAAACCUGCUUCCCAAGAACAGACUUCGGACACAGUGAAUCGUGGGAUUGCUCUCGUUCUGCGAGGAUUCAGCCGAUGUAUCCUUGAUAUUUGGGGCGAGGCGAGAACGACAUUCGGGGAUUAUUACCACCCUCCGUACCUCUCUGCUUAGUAUUGUAACUGGUCUUCGGCCAUGGAAGACGUUGAAGAACGGGGGCGAGAACCCAAGUACGGUCGAGUACGCAUAUUAAGAGACACCCUGUGACACCAGAUGCAUUUUUCCUGUAAUGGCAUUUGUUUCUGACAGUGGAGGGCUGUAUUGUCCCUUGUGUUUUUAGUGCACGUGACUAGUGCCGUGGUAUCUGUUCACUAGCUAGUUUAGGCAUGGACCCUGGGCUCAUCACCAUAACUAUAUUGAGUGAAACAGGAACCUUGUUCUGAUCUUCACUUAGUUCUUCCAUGACCUAAGCUUGCAGUGUGUAAGGUGGAGCUAGGAGGUGGUAAGGUGAAGAUAGGGUUAGGGUUCAGGGGACAGGCACAGUUUGCAGCAUAGUGUGAUGGUGGGGGGCACCCGGUAAUGACAAGCAAAUGAGUAGAAAUGAUUAUAAACGUCAUCUGGUCUUCUUUGAUUAGCAGUAUAGGCACUGUUGUGCUGUCAUACGGAGAAUAAAAAAAAUGGUUUAUAAACGAUUUGGAGUUGUACAGAGUUUAAAAAAAUAUAGUUUUAAACCCUUCUAAGGUGGAUGGCAAUCAUAUUGGUCAUCCAGUCCAUGACCUGUUGGGUGAUGGCAGUGUAAGUCUCGUGCCUGCGCCAGUACUUUCUAUGGAGUUUGCGAGCUUAAUUCUGUGUGGGUGACGAUCUGCUUGCCGUAAUGGUAACCCCUGUGACCUUUAGACAGCGCCUGCACUCGACUGCUGGUAGUUACUCUCCUCCCCUUGUCCUUGUCAUCCCUCGCCUCUUCUCUCCAAGCUGAUCGUGUGCGUGCGUCAUUUCGUAUUACAUAUGCUGGUUCGCCACAGGGUCAUAUGGUUAUAUGGAUGUUUUAACUCAACAUUAAGCUUUUUUUUUUCCUUUUCUGAAGGUUUGUCUUUUCUUAAAAGAAGGAGCUGAAGUAAAAGAACAUUUUUAAAACAUUAUGUAUUUAAGAAAUAAAACAUAUAUAUAUAUAUAUAUAUGUGUGUAUUAUUUCAUUGCACUUAACCACUACAGUGUAGGUGUUUGGUGAGGAACACUGGAGGGGUUAUUUGUGGUGUGUCUUAACGGUAAGUCUUUGAAUCAGAAAUCCAGCAGGGUACAGCUGUUGUACCUAAGAAAAACCUUUUCAACAACUGUAGUUCCUGAGUCGAAUGGUGCAUUAAUGAAGUCAGGCUGCUAUAUUUAACGAUUUCUACAGUUGGCAAAUGCCCAUGUGCCAUCUCCCUGAUGCUCUAAAGCAUUGGUAGGAUUUUUUUUUUAAUUACUGAAAUUGUAUAUGCUUUAAGAUGUUUAUUAAGUUAAAUAAUUUUGACAAGUGCGCUAGUGAAAAAAGCUGAAAUAGAGAUCAAAAGUUGUAUUUGGUCUGUACUGAUGGCCCCUCCAGUGCAACCUACCAACACAUAAACACACACACACACACCGCUGUAGAGUGUGCAGGAGAUGUCAGACCCCACCACACUCCUGUGUGAGAUUUCAAAGGCGGUCUGCACCAUCGGAUACAGCAGUGAGGAUCCCCUCUGUUGUCAUGGCACACUGGGUAUGUGCACUCUAAUGGGAAAUACCAGAAGACAAUGUAUCCUAUCAAACAGACAUUUGUCAUUUUUACAAGUAUUUUUCUUUUUUUUAAUAUUUUCUGGUUUGGAGGAGAUGGUUAUUGUGGUUAAUUGUUAAUUAGUGAUGUGAUUAUUAAUUAUAAAAUAAACAUGUUACAAAAUA